GUCAUUCGGAUUCUCGGACAGCUCGAAACUACACAUAAAUAGCGGUGCGAUAUUCUUACAAAACACGUGAAGUUAAUAUUUAAACCUUAUUUUUAAUUUAAAUAACUUCAAAGUUCCAUUUGAGUGGAGUAUUUUGAUUGUAGUUGUUACUGUUGGACUAUAAAAUGGUGUCGAAGAUUUUUAUUAUUGCCUUGAUUGUUGGGACCGCUAAUGCAGCGACGUGGAUGGGCAUGCCUCCUAGGAAACCUGCAGGACUCGCUCACAAAAGUGGUUGUUAUGUAGAAGAAAUCAAUGACGUUAUUCCUUUUGGUGACACAGUGUCUCCUAUUGGCGUAUGUUACAGUAUUUCUUGUGGAAGCGUGAUGGACUAUGCAUCAUGCGGUGUAGUUUCAACUGAUGAUCCCAAAUGCCAUGUGACAGACGAAGACUUAAGUAAACCCUACCCGCACUGCUGUCCAGACAUCAAGUGUGAUAUUGACAACAAUUUAUUUUAGACUUAAUCGUUUCUAAGUUUAGGUUUAGUUUCCAACCGUGUUAGAAUCUUGGCGUUACCAGUUUGUGAACGGUGAAUAAAGGAAUGUUGUGAAUUGAUGAAA